AUGCAAGAAUUUGCUAAGGAAAUGGAUUUCAUAUUGUUAACGUCUACGCCAUAUUACGCCCAGGCUAAUGGUCAGGUCGAAGCAGCAAAUAAGGUGGUAAUUGUUUUGAUCAAGAAACAUGUAGGGAAGAAACCUAGAAAUUGGCACAAAACUUUAGAUCAGGUUUUGUGGGCAUGCCGAACCUCUCCCAAGGAAGCCACUAGUUUGACCCCAUUUCGACUGACCUUUGGUCAUGAUGCAGUUUUACUAGUAGAAAUUUACCUACAAUCAACAAGGAUUCAGAGGCAUCAUGAAAUUCCAUCAGAAUCUUAUUGGAACAUGAUGUUAGAUGAGUUAGUCGAUCUAGAUGAAGAAAGACUAAAUGCCUUGGAAUUAUUGAAAAGGCAGAAGAAGAGAGUAGAUAACUCUUAUAAUAAGAAGGUUAAAGUUAAGACAUUUUCGCCUGAAGAUUUGGUUUGGAAAGUUAUCCUUCCAAUGGAUCGAAAGGAUAUGGCCUUAGGGAAAUGGUCUCCCAAAUGGGAAGGCCCUUUUCAAAUUUUGCAAGUUUUCUCUAACGGUGCUUAUGAGAUCGAAGAACUUAGUAAAGACAAAAGAAUCUUAAGAGUGAAUGGAAAAUAUUUGAAAAAAUAUAAGCCAACGCUCCAAGAGAUAAAAAUAAUAAAUGAGUAA